AUGCCCUGGUUCGGUAUGGACAUUGGUGGGACGCUCACGAAAUUGGUGUACUUCGAGCCCAGGGAGACUAACCGGCGGGAGAUAGAUAAAGAGACGGAGAUAUUGAAGAAUAUACGGCGGUACCUCACCAGGAAUUCGGCGUAUGGCAAGACUGGGAGGAGAGAUGUGCAUCUACAGAUGGACAACGUGACAAUCCGCGGCCGCCGCGGCACGCUCCACUUCAUCAGGUUCCCCACGAGCGAAGUCGGCUCGUUCCUGCAACUCGCUCGCUCUAAGGGAAUGGCCACUCUCCUUACCACCAUUUACGCAACUGGUGGUGGCGCUUACAAGUUUGAGGAGGAUUUUAUUAAGGAAGUGAACAUGCGACUGUCAAAGUUGGACGAAUUGGACGCGUUGAUAGCGGGUGUUCAAUUUGUCGACUCGAUGAACCCGCACGAGUGUUAUUACUGGGAACCGAACCCUGAUACCACGACUGACAAUGACUCGCCGCCAUACUUGGAGCCGUGCCUCAGCCAGUACGUGCGGAAACCCUUCGAUUUCUCAUCGCCAUAUCCAUUCCUGCUGGUGAAUAUUGGGAGCGGGGUCUCCAUGCUAGUCGUCAGUUCGCCCCUUGACUAUAGCCGAGUCAGUGGGACCAGCCUGGGUGGUGGGACAUUCCUCGGUCUCUGUUGCCUGCUCACCGGCUGCAGCAGCUUCGAGGAAGCCAUCGCGUUGGCGGCCUCCGGCGAUAAUACGACCGUCGACAAAUUGGUGCGAGACAUCUAUGGAGGGGAUUACGAGAGGUUCCAUCUGAGAGGGGAUUUAGUCGCGAGCAGCUUCGGACAAAUGUGUUCGGCUGAUCGUCGUGCGAAGGUCUCCCGCGAAGACCUGGCUCGGGCCACUUUGGUCACCAUCACCAACAACAUUGGCUCCAUUGCGCGGCUCUGCGCGUCCAACCAGAAUAUACAGCGGGUGGUGUUUUGCGGCAACUUCCUCCGAGUGAACCCCUUGUCGAUGAAGCUGCUGAGCUAUGCCAUGUCUUACUGGUCCAAGGGGGCUUUGAAGGCGCUGUUCUUGGAACAUGAAGGGUACUUUGGCGCUGUGGGUUGUCUACUCCAUUACGAGAGUAAAAGCGAUAAACAAAAUUGCACAGAGAACGCUCAGACGGAUAGGUGA